CUCCCAGCUGCAGGAGUGUCCGCGGCUCCUUGACUCCGCCACUGUGCUGGAGGCCGUGGUGUGCUUCUUCUCCGUCUGGUCCAUCAUCGGCCUCUCGGGAUUCCAUACGUACCUGAUCAGCUCCAAUCAGACAACCAAUGAAGAUAUCAAAGGAUCUUGGUCAAACAAAAGGGGUAAAGAAAAUUACAAUCCCUACAGCUACGGAAAUAUCUUUACAAAUUGCUGCGUUGCCUUGUGUGGACCCAUCUCUCCAAGCCUCAUUGACAGACGAGGGUACAUCCAGCCUGACACUCCGCAGCCCGCCGCGCCCUCCAAUGGGAUCACCAUGUACGGAGCCACGCAGUCACAGAGUGACAUGUGCGACCAAGACCAGUGCAUUCAGAGCACCAAAUUCGUUUUGCAGGCCGCAGCCACACCCCUGCUGCAGAGCGAGCCCAGCCUGACCAGCGAGGAGCUGCACCUGCCGGGGAAGCCGGGGCUGGGCACGCCGUGCACCAGCCUGACCCUGGGCCAGCCCACCCCACCCUCCUCCAUGCCCAACCUGGCCACCCAGACCACACUGUCAGACAUUCUGCCACUGAAGGACGAGCACGGGGGCCACCAGUUCCUGACCCCGGACGAGGCGCCCUCGCCACGGCGGAUGCUGGCGGGCGGCAGCCCCCUGGCACACAGCCGCACCAUGCACGUGCUGGGCCUGGCCAGCCAGGACUCGCUGCACGAGGACUCUGUGCGAGGCCUGGUGAAGCUCAGCUCCGUGUGACCCAGGUGGCUGCCCGGGGAGCGCAGGGCUCGUCCCUGGGCAGUGGGGGGCUCACCCACCCCGGGGAGGCAGCAGCCUCGGGGCCUGGGACACAGAGAGCGCUUAGAGACCUAAUGGCACAAGACAGGCGGGCACCGGACGCAGCCCGAGUGCUUAGACAAGAAGAAGAGGAAGAGGAGGAAGAGAGAAAGGGCCAUCUUCAGGCCUUUGGACUCUGGGGGUAACCUCGGGGAGGGAGGACCCUCAGAAGGAAAGAAGCUGCCUGUAGGCCACAGCACAGGUGGCAAGCGCAGGGCCGCGAGUUCAAACACCAGGACUGACGACGCUGCCUGGGUGCUGUGCUUCCUGUCUGCUGCUGGUAGACCAGAUACCCGGAAGGUUUCCAACGCCAGUGGCCAGACUGAAAUUGCAUCUGCUGUUCCACUACUUGUAUUUGAAAUAGACAUGUCCUUUUGUUUGUAA